AUGUUUCCGCAACCUGGGGCCAAAGCUGGUGCAGCGGAGUUCGAUGUCGGACGCCAGGUUUUCGCUUUUUAUCAUGCCAACCUACAUCCUCGAGGAAGUCGGUUCGUACAUGUUUGCACGCGCAGCCGCGAGUCUCCAUUACUAGGCCUUUCGUCGGGCUGGCUGCGAGGACAGACGCUGCAAAAGGCUGAUAGCUCCGGUCGGAUCCUGGUUCGGUUCGCUGGCCCGUUUCAAGACCCACUGCUGGGCCCGGCAGAGACCUUGGACAUUUCGGUGCCCCAUGCUUUGGUGCGGACCGCCGAUUCUGUCGGAUUUGUUGAUGAAAGAAGCAGUGCAAGAGCAGCGACCUCGACGAACAGCUUGCUGCCCAGACAACGUCCGCUGCUGUCCAUACUGUUGAUUCGUUGCUGGGACUAUCGAGCCAUGUCCACUUGGUCAGACUUUGCUGUUGCAAACGACGGAAUGCUCCGGGACCUGCUAGACGGGGAAUGUGGGAUUUUUCCUUCUUUAGCGGGGGAGUUUGAGCUUUACACUGCUUUUGUACGAACAUCCACAGACCUGAAGAUCCUCUCCGAGGACUGGGCCCAGGCAGUCCUGGCAGGACAAAAUCAAGUUGUGUGGUACUUUCUCUGGCCCUGUCAGAAUGCAGAUGCAGAUGUUUCCUCCGGGUGUGUCAGGGAGCGGGAUUUCUUCCAUCUGCAGCAGCGUAUGGAGAGGGUCGGCCUCCGCAGCGGCUGGCCCCACCCUCACAUGUUGUACGAGCAGCUCGCUGGAAAACUGUGGGUUCCGCAGAUGAGCUUGAACAGGGACUACCGGAUCCCUCCGACAGUUCGGGUUCAUCAUGCUGACGUUCGGCGGAAUUCGCACUCUGCGGCGGCUCAAGCAAUUGAUGACUUGGUUCAUCUUCGAGAUCACGUCUGGAGCGGCAGCUCCGCAAGAGACGUAUCGAGCUUUCGUGGGGUUGCGAAGCUGGGCUUCAGCUGGCAGGGUGAUGACGUGGUCCCGUUUGAAGGAGCGAAGAAUUUGGCAGACGUGCUCUGCAGAUUGCUGGAAGGACGAAGCAAUGAGCAAUUGAGCUGCCUUGUCCAGGAGCUUGUUCCUAACACAGUCUGCGAGCAUCGAGUCCUGUGCUUCCACGAUGCUGCAGUGGGCAGAUGGGCUUUUUGUCGGGAGCGGCUGUGGAUGACCAUGAAGUCUCCGGGCUCCCACCACAAGCAUCAGGAUGUCCUUGCGGUGACGGACUUUCGCCUCACCUCGGCCACGGUGUUGUCGCGGGACCAGGCGGCUGAGCAGCUCUUCGAGGGAAGCCGUGAGAUGGUUGAGUUGGUCGAGCAGGAAGCCGACAUCUUGGUGGAUCGCUGGCUGGCGUGGUUCCGCACUGAAACAACGGAGCCUCCUGCAGUCACAAGGUUGGACUUCCUAGUCUCGUGGCGGCCAGGUGCGAGGCCAACAGUGUGGACCUGCGAAGUGUGCGAGUGCGGAGCUUCCCUGUGCUCUGUGGAGUGCGAUGCACGAAACUGUGCUGCGCUGAACUGGGCCGUGGCUGAAGAUCCAUCGGGUCGCUUUCCAUUGGCCAUGCCCCAGAUACGUCUGACUCUGCUUGCGUCGGAGGAGCCAGUGCAUGCUUUGCGGAGGGCUGAGGCCGAUCCGAAAUCUGGGGCACUGGAGGAGAUGGAGAUGCGAGAGGCACUCAGGGACUUGCAAAGCCUCGUGGCAGAAGCACAGGAGGCCUUUCGGGAAGAGCCAUGCGAGCCAGGGUGGGAGUCCGCAUGGCAGGAGCUGGCAUCACUGGAGGCCACGCUUCAAACAGAGAUGCGAUAUGUCUACGCUCCUGACUGGGAGAUUAAACCGGGAAAGCUGGUCUCAAGGAAAGGAACUUGGCUCAAGCGGACGGCGCAAUUCUCUUGGGAACUGAAAGAGGGCGGCGAGCGAGCGGAGAAGCUCUACUUGCCAGCUGGGGUAGCGGUCCCCGUCCUUCAAAUCGGAAAGGUGAUCGACCAAGAGGAGCUCAAGUUGCACGACUGGGUCUGCCAGCACUUGCGAGUCUGGAUGAAGCCUGAAAUUCUCCAGACUAUCGAGGCCAGGUACGGCACAUGGUUCGUCUACUGGCCUCACUUCGAGAAACCCCCUUUUGACAAGUUCCAAGCUUCCAUGACGACCGACAGUAUGCACGUGGAUGCCAACAUUGCACCUAAGACGGAAGACACAGACGAGUGCCCCACCUCGCGGCAGUGUGUUUCCCCGAACGUUUUGAAGGCGUGUCCGAUGCCCAAUACAAAUCAGAAUGAUGAUUCAGAUCCGGAGCUCCUGAAUGACUCCGGAGAAGGAGUGGUUGCAUUGAAUGCCUCGCCCACCGGCUGGAAGCGCUUUGUCAGGCCAUUGGCGAAUUGCAUUGCUUGUGGCGAUGUUGAGACAGAGAUGAGUGGAUUGAAAAGGAACAUCCGCUCGAAGAGCAAAAGCCUCGAAGCUUGCAGGCACAAGCUUCGCGAGAGGGAUUCUCACGCGAUGCUGGUAGAGGACGAGCUGGAAAAGAUGAUGCAGGAGCUGAGCUCCGUGAAAGAAGAACUAGCGAUGGAGCGGCGGAGGACAUCCAGUAUGUCAUCCAUGCUCCUCUCUGAUUCGGUCAGCCAGCAGAAGUUGCAGGAGCAGGUGAAGCUUGCCGAGGAGCAGCUGAAGGAUGCGCAGCAGGAGAUCGGCAGAUUGUCUUCGAGCUUACAGAACGAAAAGUCCGAGCGCCAGCACUUGGCGCAGGCACUCCAAAUGAAGUCCUCAGAAGCAGAGGUUUGCUCGGAGCGAUUGGAAAGCACGAGAGGGGAGCUCAAGCGCUGCGCUGAUGAACUACAGGAUCUUCGACGUAGUCUGGAAGAUUCCAACCAAACUUCCACUCGGCUGCGCGGUGAGCUUCAAGAGCACGGCCAACAGAAUGCCAAUCUGAAAGAGAGACUGCAGCAAAGAGAGUUUGAAUUGGAAGAAUGCGAAUCUCAAGUGCACGAGGUAUCGUCUGAACUCAGCCAGACAAGCCGCAAGCUGACUCAGACGGAAAGUGAGCGUGACGUGAUUGAGAGAAGACUUGCAGAGACGAAGGCUCAGCUUGACCAGUACGAGGACAGAUUGACAUCCCUUUCGGCAUCCCUGGAGGCUGCACAACGAGAAACAGCCUCGCGGUCCAAGCGAAUGGAAAUGACUUCCAUGGCUGCCGAGGAUUUCAAGGGCCACCUGCAUAUCUCCAAGGCGCGAGUGCGACACUUGGAGGAGCAGGCACGCGCAACGACAGCACUGCUGGAGACGAAGCACCUAGAGCAGCAGCGGCUGGUCGAGCAAGCAGCGGCAGCAGAGGAGCAAGUAGCGGCCUGUCAGGGCAAGCUCGCAUCACUGACGUCUUGCCUGGACCAGGAGCAGUCGCAAAGCGCGGCCUUGCGUCAAGAGUUGCGGAAUCGAGACCAGCAGAUCGAAGAUCUGGUUACAAGAGCAAGCUCUCGAAAUGCGGAGGUGGAGUGCUUGACAGACGCGAAGGGUUCGCUGACGAAAGCUCUGAAGGCUCAGGAAGAUCAGGUGGAGUGCUUGACUGAAGAGAAGGGUUCGCUGGUUAGAUCUUUGAAGGCUCAGGAAGAGAAGAACGAAGAGCUCAAGUCUCAAAUUAGUGCAAUGAACCAGCAGGUCUCGAGCUACGAGCGUCGGGUUACGGAGCUCUGUGAGACGCUGUCGGAGACGCAGCUCGAGAACGCUCAGAUGGCCUUGGGCCUGGAGAGACGGGCUAUGGAGGCCGAGGAGUUCCUGGGCAGGAUUCGGGAGGAGAGGAGGCAGGUCGCUGACUUUGAACAGAGUCUCCGCUCCAUCCGCGAGUCCUUGCACAGAAGUCUCACGGACAAGGAUGAUUUGAUCGUGGAGCUGGAGAGAACGUGUCUCGAGCGCGAGGACCUCACGCAGCAACUGGUGCGGGCACAACAGAAGCUCGUGCAGCUCGAGGAAGAGAUCGGCAACUGCUUCCUUAAAGCAGCCGAAGACUCCAAGCAAGUCCGCGAGAGCUCAGCACAGGAAAUAUGCCAGUGGCAGAUCACUGCCGAGAUGGCAUAUCGGCAAACAACGGAAAUAGCUCUCCAGCUGGAUAACUGGAGGUCUCAGUACAGUAGCCUUUUGAAGGCCUUGCAGGAAAAGCAGGCGGCCAUCGAGAAGUUAAACGGUGAGCUGGAUGAUGCCAAGAAGCGCCUGGCAGAGGUGGCCAUCGUUGACGACGCGGAAAUGGCGACUUUGAAGGAGCAGCUCACACAAGCCAAUGCAAGACUCAAUGCCAUGUCUGCCGCGGUCGACCUGAAAGACACAGAAAUGCAAUUAGUGUCGCGGGAGCUCAUGAGGAAGGGCAUGCAGGCCGAAGAUUAUCUGGGCCAGGUGAACAACAUGAAGGACCGCCUCGUGCAGUCUGAGAUGGACCUGAGCCGAUAUUCCUCGGAGCUCACAGUCGCACGCAUGGAGAAGGAUUCUUUAGCAACCAGCUUGGAGAGAAGCGGAGAACAUGCUAAAGCACUGACUGGAGAAAUGCAAAGCAUGAAGACGCAGCUUCAAAAGUGCGAACAGGAGACGUCCAUAUUAGACCGAUGCCUCGAAGAUCGGCAGCUUCAGAAUGAUCUGCUCUCUCGCCAGCUCUCCACGAAGGACUCGAGGAUCGAAGAUCUGAGUUGCGAGCUCACCGCUCUUCGUAUCCAGCGGCAGGACAGCGAAAGGGAAGCCACGCAGUCACUCGAGGUGAUGCGCUCAACCUUACAAGAGCAGCUGCAUCAAAACGAGCUGCUGUCAGCUGAGCUGACCAGGAAACGAAUGGAUUACCAGGCAACAUCGGCCGAAAGCAGAAGCUUGCGCGACGAGCUGACGGCGGCCCUGGAUGCCAAGAGCGAUGCCAACUGCCAGCUGGAGGGCCUGAAAGAGCUGGCCAAGCAGCUGCAGGAAGAGCUGCGCUGCUCACAGCAGAAGCACGUGACGAUGGUCGAAGAGCUGGACAGCAUGACCAACUCGAAUGCGCAUCUCGAAGCCAAAGCAUCGAAACUGGCACAGGUUUGCAAACAACAAGCGAACGAGAAGGAAGCACUCUCGAACGAGCUUCGAAGCACCGUGGGCAGCGUGCAGCACCUGCAAUCACAGCUGGCGAAGUACAGACAGCACCUCAAGGAGAACCAAUCCAAGAUAGAUUCAUUGACUAGAAGCUUGAAGCGGGAGGUGCAGAAGAAGGACGAGGCGGCAACACGAUGCGCUGAAUUGCUCUGCUCACAUCCUUCUAUGUGUAUUGAAGCCUGGAUUGGCAGAGUUCGCACUUUCCGAGACACGGACUCUUGGCAGCUGGUCGUGGCGCCGGCUUCAUUGGAGCUGAAGGCGGGAAGCGGCUUCGACGAGCGCGUCAUAUUAAAGGGCGGUGAGACAUCGGGACAAGUCCCAGCGAUAUCCGGAGAGACCCCCUGCAUCAUCAUCAAUGCCGCGAGAGGGCGCAAGGACCGGAAAGACGAUGACAAGGUUCCGGUGAGGGUCUACAAUGCAAAGAAGCCUGGAGCCGUGGCGGUGCAGAAAGCAGCGCCGCACUUGGAGGUCCAGAUAAGUCAAAUCACAGUCUUUGACAGAAUGCGCCGGUUGUUCUCAAAGAACAAGUUGGUUUACGACCAGAACUUUGGAAUAGUUCGUCCAUAUCCCGAUUGCGCUUCUACUUCUUGUUCUUCCGAGGCAUUGGGAGAGAGUACAGUAGCAGAAACAGAAGGGUAUGUAGGUGUGACCGAUCCAGCAGACUCUGAGACCCACCAGGCCUCGUUUGAUUGA